AUGUCGCGUAAGCCUACUGAUAUUACACAAGCAAGGACAAGUAGAACACACGUGGGAUCACUUGUUCGUGUACCAAAAUGGACUUCUGCCCACUUGGCCAUUGUUAAUAUUUUUCUUCUUUUUUACUCGUUUUCGUCUCCCACGGUUCCACGAUGGCAUUCCCUAUUAGGUCUUCUUUUAUGUCUGACAAUAAUCAAAUCCAAGCGAAUAACCAAAAUUUCAGUGUUAUCUGCCGCGGUUAUAAUAUGGUUCAAGAUGACACACGGGUUGAUGACGUCAGUUACACGAAUCGCUUGA